UUUAGUCGUUGGUAAGUGUUAAUGCCCUUAGUGUUGCAUUUGCAUGCGGGUUGUAGUUUAUAACGGAUACUAUCCACAUUUCGGCAUGAUGCGCCUAUUUAGUUACAUAUUUGAUCAUAAAAGCUAUUUACGUCACAAACUUAGUGAGAAAGUUUACUUCAUCCCAAUGCACUAGUUUUCUUUGGUGACGCGAACCAAUGACAUAUCAACAGUGGCGUAUCUACUUAAAAUGGCGCCCAUAGCAAAGUCUAAAAUUGCGCCCCCAUGAUACUUGUAUGACGAUUUGUAAUGAUUAUUAAUGGUUUAGGAUACUUCUACGUUAAUAUUUGUUAUUAAGUUUCAGUUAUUCCCAACUAGAAAUUAUUUUAUUGAAACGUUUUAUUAAUAAUACUUUUCGCCUUUUUUGCACCCUUGUUCAAACGGCGCCCAUGGCACGAGCCAUGGCUGCCACACCCUAGAUACGCCACUGCAAAUCAACUGCAUUAACAUGUCAUUGGUUGAGAUCACAAUCCGUCGUCGGCAAUUUGCUGGCUCUAGCUAGCGUGUACAAACUGUUUCCAGGAGUCUAGUACUUCUUUGGCUGUACAUCAAGGUUGAGGGCAAGGCACUAAGCUCUAGAAUUAUGUAAAUAUGGAUUUUGGAUAUAUAGAUGAAGAUUCUAUGAAGUUGUGCAUAGCUGAAAUGUAUGACAAUUUCGAGACAAGACAGCAAAAAAUUAUUCAACAACAAGUGUUGAAAAAAGAUUUUCUGUCAAUGGAAGAAAAUCACAACUUAUUAACAACAGCAACUAGUCAAUCCUUUUUGACCCAGAAAUCGGUUUCUGCUAAAAGUUGUGCACCAGAAGUUCUAACUUCAGGCAACGCAGAUCUGGCAUGCACUUUAGAUUUAUCUUCUUUAACAGAAGAUAAAGUUGAAUUGGAUGGAGUUCUUGUGGUGAAGCAAACUUAUCCAAUUAGAGAGGUGUGGAUACAAAAAAGAAAAGCCUGGAUACCAACUGCCAUGAUAGUGGUUUGUGAUGCUUCCGCCAAUGAGAAGGAGCUUAUUAUGUGGGGAAAGCAAUGCAAGAAUAUUUUACUCUUGACAACAGGCACUAUAUUAUAUGCACGAAAUCUGAUUGUUAAAAAAUUUAGAGAAAACUGUGUGUUGAAUAUGACUAAAAACAGUGUGUGUUCUGUAAUUGGAUCAUUUGAUGAUGUUCCCAAUGAAACAAAAUUAGAUGAUUCAUUACAAGCAUUUGUUAACCGCAUUGAAGCUCUUAAAACUCAUUUUAGUUGGUAUAAGCAAAAGAAUGUGGCUUACAAACCUAGGGCAAUCAGAUUCUGCGUUUACAAUGAACUUAAGCCAGGCAGUCUCACACAUACACAAGCAGGAAUAGUUUCAAUAAGUUCAUCUAGCAAGUCAACAACUGACCAUAAUCCUAUGAGAAUUACAGUAUCAUUGCCUGAAAAUACACAACCGUGUGCACUAUUUUUACACGGAAGUGCACAGAUCUGGAGAAAAAAACUUGUUUUACUGAGAAAAUAUAUGUGGGAGUUCUUUUACUUGGCUUGUAGCUGUUCUAAUGAUGGUGACACAAUAGAGUUGCACACAACAAUCAUUUCUACUGCUAAACCCAUCUUCGAUGAUAUUUCGGACACUAAAACUUCAAACAUUUCUAUAACCAGUGUUAAACAAUUUGAUAAUUUAACUAAAUUUAAAGAGUUACACUGUGAAGUGCAGUUAUGUGGCAUAGUAACGAAAUCAGUAAUUUGCCAACUUGGUAGUAGACAAUUGUUAUUGACAAAUGAAACACCAAUUCAUUUGAUAGAAAGGGUGAUAAAUAAAUGCUUUAAAGUUGGACAUAAUGAUGAUACCUUUACAACACAAAGCUUCUUUGAAAAUGGAGAAAGUGCAACUCCUAUUAAUUUAAUCAUUCCAACAAAUGAGAUUGGAGUUCUCACUAUGCAAGUAAAGAAGCUUCUUUUUCAGAAGAACUCUAUAGAAGUGAAAUUAGAAGACACAGUUGUUAUAUUCACUGGUUUUGUCAGUGAUGAAACAUCUAAAAACUGACUUCUGAUUUACUAAAUGAUCGCCAUAUUUCAGACAAGCUAGUUGGGAAUAUCGGCACUCUCAGUGAAGUCCUAUUUUUUUUUUAUUCUGUUGUCUCAGCUUGAUAUAAAUAUUAGGCGAAACCUCUGAAAUAUUUAUUCUAAUCCUGAAAUGAUUUCAACCAUUCCAUUUGUAGAUAAAUGCUAUAAAUAUAUUUAUUGCACAACAUAUACUAUUUGACAUUAGGUAUUUCACAAUCACGCAGACACAGGCAGAUGAGCAUAUUUCACUAUGGAACUUUGACAAGAUGUCAUUUUUACACUGGGGAGAAAAUAAUACAUCGCAUUGCGAGAUAUAGCCAUCUAAUACUGGGAAGACUUGCCC